AUGGAGGCCAUCAAGAAGAAGAUGCAGAUGCUGAAGCUGGACAAGGAGAACGCCUUGGACAGAGCCGAGCAAGCCGAAGCGGACAAGAAGGCAGCGGAGGAGAGGAGCAAGCAGCUGGAGGACGAGCUGGUGGCUCUACAAAAGAAGCUGAAGGGCACUGAGGAUGAGCUGGACAAAUACUCCGAGUCCCUUAAAGAUGCACAGGAAAAGUUGGAACUGGCUGACAAAAAGGCCACAGAU